AUGGUGGCGGGGAUGAACAAGGCAGACGAGUCCAAGAAGAAGAUGGACCACAGGGAUAAUGAGCAUGAGCAUGAGCAUGAGCAUGGUCAAAGGAAAGGGAGACCCCAACCAUUUCUGGAAAGAGCUCCCGUCAGGAGCACGGCGUACUGCGUGAACCCUCUUCUUGAUGAUCCCCGCGUUUCCCGUCAUGAGGAACCUCUCCAAGUCUCAGACGUCGACUAA